AUGGAAGGAAAAAACUACGGCCGCGGAGGAACUGGUGGUGGCUCCUCUGGUCGUGGUCGGGGUGGUGGUGGUGCUGGUCGUGGUCGUGGUCGUGGUCGUAGCAGUGGAGGUGACGACCAGAGUUAUGGAGGUAGACGGGGAAGGGGUCGUGGGACCCACAUGGGUGGUGGUUACGAUAGCAGGUUUCCAGGCGGUGGCGAGUCGGAUCGGAGUUAUAGGGGUCAGUACGACCAGCGUCAAGGGGACAGCGGUGGUCGUGGAGCUUGGGGUCGUGGGGCCCACGAGGGUGGCUAUGCUCCGGCUGUCAGUGGUGGUGGGAGUGAAAUGGAUCAGCGUUACCGGGGUCAGUACCCCCAGCUGGAGGGUGGUAGAGGAGCUAGGGGUCCUGGGACCCAAGUGGCUGGCGGCGUCGGCGGCGGUGAGUUCAUCCAGAAACUGCAGCAGCCAAGUGGCGGUGGUGUGGGACCCAGUGGCAGAGGGGCUUGGACUGGUAGGCCGUGGGGUCCAUCUGCUUCUUCAUCAAGUGCUCCGGCUCAGUAUCAGCCCCGGCCUCAGCAUCCUCAACCUACUCCUGGUAUUGAGCUACCUUUUUUUUUUGUUGGAAGUUUCAUUCGUUCUAUAACUUGUACACGUUAUAAUUUUCCUAUUUGUGCACAUGAAGCUCUGUCGGACGUUCAGUCACUAAGGAUUUCAGAGGAGAAGCCACUAUCAGCUGAGGGGAAACCAGAUAACAAACUUCUGCCUAUCAAAAGGCCUGACAGGGGAAUUCUUGCUGUCAGGACUGUCAAGCUUCUUGCUAAUCAUUUUCCAGUGAAAUUCAACUCUGAGGGAAUUAUUACCCAUUAUGAUGUCGAUAUUCAACAAGUUAUGCCCGGUGGAAAUCAGCCUCACAGGAGAUCAAUUCCCAAGGCUCUUUUGUCCUUGAUUAAAGACAAGCUGUUUUCUGACGAGGGGUUCCCGGUAGAUAUGGUUACCUAUGAUGGGGAGAAGAAUAUUUUCAGUGCUGUUUCACUCCCCACUGGGGAAUUCAAAGUUGAAUUAUCUGAUGGGGAAGAGAAUGUUCGCACUUAUAAAUUCGUCAUCCAAAAAGUGAAUCAGCUUAAGCUCUCUAACUUGAAAGACUACCUGUGUGGAAACCUCCCACAUAUUCCUCGUGAUAUACUGCAGGCCAUGGACUUGGUCAUGAAGCAUAACCCGUCUAUGCAUAGGAUCCCCGUAGGGCGAAGCUUUUUCUCCAAGAACGAACGCGGGGAUGAUCUUGGUCAUGGGAUUGCCGCAUAUAGAGGCUUCUACCAGAGCUUGAAGCCUACCUCGAACGGUCUAGCGCUGUGUUUGGACUACUCAGUUUUGGCAUUCCGAAAGCCUCUGCCAGUUAUCGACUUCCUGAAAGAGAAUGUUGAAGGAUUUCGAGGAGUGAAUGAUGUUAUGAGGAUGAGACGACAGGUUGAAAGUGCUUUGAAAGGGUUGAAAGUAAGAGUAACACAUCGUAAAACCAAACAAAAGUAUACCAUAUCAGGGCUCACCCGAGACAUUACACGUUUGAUUAAAUUUUCACUUGUAGAUCCAGAUGGCCAGGUGCCACCAAGAGAAGUCAGCCUUGUUGACUACUUCAGGCAGAAAUAUGAGGAGAAAAUUGCCCAUCUCGAUAUUCCUUGCUUAGACCUUGGGAGAAAAGACAAGAAAAAUGAUGUACCAAUGGAAUUUUGUGUCUUGGUCGAAGGUCAGAGGUAUUCCAAGGAAUACUUGGAAAGAAAUGAGAAAGAUGCAGCCGUGUUAUUAAAGCAAAUAUCGUUGGCUCCACCGGCAGUAAGAAAACGUACAAUCUGUGACAUGGUGCAGGCUGAGGAUGGACCUGAUGGAAUUGUUGCUAAAGGCUUCAAUAUGCAACUUGAAAAAUGUAUGACAUCUGUUGGAGGUCGAGUCCUCGGUGCACCUGAGUUGAAGCUAGGUGGUAAAAAUGGCAAUGUAUAUCCUGUAAGAGUUGACCAGGAGAAAUGCCAGUGGAACCUUGUUGACAAAUGUGUAGUACAAGGAAAACCAGUUGAGCGGUGGGCUUUGAUAGAUUUUACUUCAUCAAGCCGUUACAGACUGCGAAAAGAAGACUUCAUCGGGAACCUAAUACAGCGUGCACGGAGACUGGGAAUGCAUAUGCAGGAGCCUCUUGUUUGUCACUCGACUGGAAUGGAUGAAUUCUAUUCCGUUGAUAGAAUUGAUGCCCUUCUUAGAAAGGUUAUUGCUGAUGCUAGACCUAGAAGUGGUUCACAGGGUACGCUGCAAAUCAUUGUCUGUGUAAUGGCUGGAAAGGAUCCUGGAUAUAAGUAUCUUAAAUGGGUCUCUGAGACACGAAUUGGUGUGGUGACUCAGUGUUGUUUGUGCUCUCAAGCAAACAGGGGACAAGACCAGUAUUUGGCAAAUCUUUGUCUCAAGAUUAAUGCAAAGCUUGGAGGCAGCAAUGUGGAGCUCAAUGAUAGGCUUCCUAAUUUUGCUGAUCAAGAUUAUGUUAUGUUCAUUGGGGCUGAUGUGAAUCAUCCGGCUGCACGAAACUCUACAUGUCCAUCAAUAGCAGCAGUUGUGGGCACAAUUAACUGGCCUGCUGCCAAUCGAUAUGCUGCAAGGGUUCAGCCCCAAGAGCACCGCAAGGAAAAGAUCGUUAAUUUUGGAAGUAUUUGUCGUGAUCUAGUUAGUACUUAUGCCAAGCUCAACAAGAUCAGACCAAAAAGAAUUGUCGUAUUCCGAGAUGGUGUUAGUGAGGGGCAGUUUGAUAUGGUGCUAAAUGAGGAGUUACUUGAUCUAAAACGGGCCAUCUGUGAUGAGAAUUAUCAACCAACAAUCACCCUUGUUGUGGCACAAAAGAGACACCACACUCGACUUUUCCUUGAAGGUGGGAGGGAUAAUAGAGUGGGAAAUGUUCCUCCAGGAACCGUUGUGGACACAACAAUUGUUCAUCCCUUUGAGUUCGACUUCUACCUUUGUAGCCAUUACGGAACCCUUGGGACGAGCAAGCCUACGCACUAUUAUGUUCUUUGGGAUGAAAAUGCGUUCACAUCCGACAGGUUGCAUCAGCUCAUAUACAAUAUGUGCUUCACUUAUGCUCGAUGCACUAAGCCCGUUUCACUAGUUCCGCCAGUCUAUUAUGCUGACCUUGUCGCCUACCGCGGACGAAUGUUCCAAGAGGUAGUAAUGGAGCAACCUCCAGCAUCGUCUCCAUCAUCAUCUUCUGCAACACCAUCUGUAUCAUUGUCAUCUUCUGCUUCGUUUGAUCACAAUUUCUAUACUCUGCAUCCAGACCUCCAAAAUGUCAUGUUUUUCGUCUAGGCAGCCUCGUCAAGGCUGUCAGUCUCCUCCACUCUGGAGUAACGGAGAUUGUUCACUCAAAGGAAUACCCCGAAAACGCCGAUCCAAUCUCCUUUUCUAAUCAACUAGCAAAGGAGUUUGUACGUGAAUCUAAUGGGUUUUCAUGCCUUCUGCCCUCUGAUGCUCGUCAGAGGAUUUGUGCACCUCUUUUUUUUAUCACUUAAGCGUUGAGUUAGCUAUAUAAAUAAAGACAUUUCAUGUUUUCAGAUGAUGGUUGGCUAGUCCAUAUCUUCAUUGUCGUUAGGUGUGAGUGUGUUAGUUCUGAGAAUUUGAGUCAUGUUUUCCUUUAGGAACUACUGUCUUGUAAAAUUCGGUUUGUGGCUUUAAAUUGUUCUGAGUAUCUGUUGUCCUGUGGUCAUGCACGAGUUAUAGUGCAGCAGGAAUGUAAAAUGUUGGAACCCUGUUAGUUUAUGACCUGUUCUUCGAUCC